AUGGAAGUAACAUGGGCAGUGGUAUUAUUAACGUUAGCAACACAAUCAUGGGCGGAAGAAUUAGAUCCUGUACGCGAUCAAAUCGCUUUGUAUCUGAAGAACACACAGGGGGUCAGAACAACUUUGACUACAACCAAUGGCGAAGCAGUUGAACGCCGAAAAGCCAGCACAUUAAAUGGACGAUUGUUGUACAAUAAUUUCUUCACUGAAUCCAUAACACAUGUAAACAGAGAACGAAUUCCUGAACGCAUAGUUCAUAGCAAAGGGGUCGGAGCGUUUGGUUACUUCGAAGUGACGCACAACGUAACAGAUUACAUCAAGGCCGAAUUCUUAAACGAAAUCGGUAAAAAAACACCAGUCGCAGUCCGAUUCUCCCCGGCAACGGGAGAGCGAGGGCUCAGCGAUACUUCUAGAAACAUGAAAGGUUUCGCAGUGAAGUUUUACACACGAGAAGGUAACUUCGACAUUCUUGGCUUAAGCACACCCAUGUUUGCAUUCAAGGAUCCCUUAUUAUUUUUCUCCUUUGCACAUGUCGAAAGCAGGAACCCCGCAACGAAUGUUCCUGAUGACAAUAUGCAAUGGGACUUCUUAACGCGAAAUCCUGAAUCGUUAAAUUUAUUCACAUCAGUAUUUGCAGACGGUGGUAUACCAAGAGGUUAUCGUUAUAUGCCUGGACAUGGUAUCCACACGUAUCAAGUACAAAAUAAAAAUGGCAAUGUAUACUUCGUUCGAUUUCAUUUUAUCCCAGAAGAUGGUGAAGCCAGUUUAACAACAGAAGAAGCUAGCGAAUUAGAUCCGGACUCAUUUACCAGAGAUUUAUAUGAAGCAAUUGCUUGUGGACGACGUGUCGGUUGGGACUUUGGAAUACAACUCAUAACACCAGAACAAGCAAUGAAUUCAAAGAUCGACGUGUUUGACACAACAUUAGAACUUCCCUUUAAGGAUUUCCCCUUAACACCGGUGGGUAAAUUAGUUCUAGAUAGGAACCCAGUCAAUUACUUCGCGGAAAUUGAACAGUUGGCUUACUGUCCAUGUAAUUUAGUACCAGGCAUUGAUGGCGCUCCAGAUAAAAUAUUUGAAGCGCGCCUUAUGGCAUAUAGAGAUGCCCAAUUGCAUCGUCUAGGAGUUAACUUUAAUAAUAUAAAAGUAAACUGCCCUGUUGCAACCGUAUCACGCCAUUACUAUUACAAAGAUGGUGUCGCACCAGUGGAUGAUAACGGAAAAGAUGCACCUAAUUAUUACGAUAACUCUUUCAAUGGUCCCAUUCCGUAUAAUGAUUACAAUAGAAGUAAUAUGAUAGAAAUAAAAGAGGGAGAACCGAAUAAUUUUUGGCAGAUUGCACGGAUGUAUUUAAAAUUUACGGAAGGAGAGAAAAAUCGUUUGGUCAGCAAUAUAGUGAGCAGUUUAGGUAAUUGUGUUAGUUUUUUACGCGAUAAAGCUAUUAAAUUGUAUACAGAAAUUGAACCAGACCUGGGAAAUAGGAUAAAAAACGGUUUACAAGAAUUUACAAAAGAACCAGCUUGCAGAAUACCCUUCGAUGAAAUGCCUAAGAAGCGCGAUUAA